CCUUUGGCACGUUUCUCAAUAUAGAUUGCUGCACCAGAAAAAGACAAUUUUUUCUGUUUGAAGCCUCUUUUGACAUGAAGCGAAAUGCGGCAAGAGAACCAAGAAGACAAUAGCAUUUUUGCUUUUCUUUGGUUACCACUCUCUAACAAGAUAAAGAAAUGUAACACCAUCCACCACAUGAUUCACAUGUUGUGACGAAGAGAGCCAACAAAACGUUCGAGAGUCAGAUACUUUAUAUAUCGGUUACCGAAGUGAUCGAAACCGCGAACCACGAAGCUGAGCAGGAUACUUUUAAUUAGUAGUUCAUGCAGGUUUUGGGAAUGGAGGAAAAGCCUGCAAGGAGAAGCGUAGUGUUGGUUCCAUUUCCAGCACAAGGACAUAUAUCUCCAAUGAUGCAACUUGCCAAAACCCUUCACUUAAAGGGUUUCUCGAUCACAGUUGUUCAGACUAAGUUCAAUUACUUUAGCCCUUCAGAUGACUUCACUCAUGAUUUUCAGUUCGUCACCAUUCCAGAAAGCUUACCAGAGUCUGAUUUCAAGAAUCUCGGACCAAUACAGUUUCUGUUUAAGCUCAACAAAGAGUGUAAGGUGAGCUUCAAGGACUGUUUGGGUCAGUUGGUGCUGCAACAAAGUAAUGAGAUCUCAUGUGUCAUCUACGAUGAGUUCAUGUACUUUGCUGAAGCUGCAGCCAAAGAGUGUAAGCUUCCAAACAUCAUUUUCAGCACAACAAGUGCCACGGCUUUCGCUUGCCGCUCUGUAUUUGACAAACUAUAUGCAAACAAUGUCCAAGCUCCCUUGAAAGAAACUAAAGGACAACAAGAAGAGCUAGUUCCGGAGUUUUAUCCCUUGAGAUAUAAAGACUUUCCAGUUUCACGGUUUGCAUCAUUAGAGAGCAUAAUGGAGGUGUAUAGGAAUACAGUUGACAAACGGACAGCUUCCUCGGUGAUAAUCAACACUGCGAGCUGUCUAGAGAGCUCAUCUCUGUCUUUUCUGCAACAACAACAGCUACAAAUUCCAGUGUAUCCUAUAGGCCCUCUUCACAUGGUGGCCUCAGCUCCUACAAGUCUGCUUGAAGAGAACAAGAGCUGCAUCGAAUGGUUGAACAAACAAAAGGUAAACUCGGUGAUAUACAUAAGCAUGGGAAGCAUAGCUUUAAUGGAAAUCAACGAGAUAAUGGAAGUCGCGUCAGGAUUGGCUGCUAGCAACCAACACUUCUUAUGGGUGAUCCGACCAGGGUCAAUACCUGGUUCCGAGUGGAUAGAGUCCAUGCCUGAAGAGUUUAGUAAGAUGGUUUUGGACCGAGGUUACAUUGUGAAAUGGGCUCCACAGAAGGAAGUACUUUCUCAUCCUGCAGUAGGAGGGUUUUGGAGCCAUUGUGGAUGGAACUCGACACUAGAAAGCAUCGGCCAAGGAGUUCCAAUGAUCUGCAGGCCAUUUUCGGGUGAUCAAAAGGUGAACGCUAGAUACUUGGAGUGUGUAUGGAAAAUUGGGAUUCAAGUGGAGGGUGAGCUAGACAGAGGAGUGGUCGAGAGAGCUGUGAAGAGGUUAAUGGUUGACGAAGAAGGAGAGGAGAUGAGGAAGAGAGCUUUCAGUUUAAAAGAGCAACUUAGAGCCUCUGUUAAAAGUGGAGGCUCUUCACACAACUCGCUAGAAGAGUUUGUACACUUCAUAAGGACUCUAUGAAGACAGUUGUGUCUACUAAAACACACAAAGCAUCAAGAUUCCUUUUUCAACCAUUCCAAGUUUGUUUGCAUAGAGUUUAUCUGAACAUCACUUAAAAACUCACCUGCAGAAUAACAAACUAUAAAAAUUAAUACUUUACCGC